UUGAAGGAGAAGCACAGAAAGCUAAGACUGGGCUCUCAACAUCCGAUUCUGAUCCCGGGGCCCUUUAUCAGCUAUGAAUCCUUAAGGAAUUAUCUGCAGCCAGAGCCUUGCAAGGAAGCUUUUCUCCUGGCCACACAGUCAGUCGGGAUGGGGCCACUCACAGAGGGCAUAGAUGAACAGAGGCCAGUGAAGCAGCGUCGUGCACGGGCCAACUAUAGCAGCUGGCAGCUGGAGGAGCUGGAGAAGGCCUUUGAGACCACCCACUACCCAGACAUCUUCAUGAGAGAAGCCCUGGCCCUCAGACUGGACCUCAUCGAGGCCAGAGUACAGGUCUGGUUUCAAAACCGCCGUGCCAAGAUGAGGCGUCAGCUGAAACUCCAGGGCCAGCUUGCAGGGUCUCAUUCAAAAAGAGACAAUGAUGAAAUGUGUGAGAAAGUUAGCAGGAGUUUAAAACAGCAGACAGAAAGUUCUGACUGCGAGAACUGGGAGAGACAACAGGAAGGAGAAAACUAUCCAUGGACAAAAGCUGCACUGAGUGUGCAUAUGCAGCCCGCGACCAAAAGGUCGGGGAAGUGGGAGCGGCCGGAGGGGCCGAGUUCAGAGGAGCUCCGAUCCUGCAGCAUCGCCAAGCUGAGGGCCAAAGCCAGAGAGCAUGAGGCCGAGAUUCACAGCACUGUAAACAUGUCAGGAGGCGACACACAGUCACAAUCACAGGAAGAUGAUGCCAUGCACAAUGACUGAUAGUUUUCCUUCUUCCUGUUUGUACAGGACACUACAAAGUACACUAUUAAUAUGCAAGAAUAUAUUUUUGAACCUAUAUGGGAUUAGGAGCUUCAUGUUUAGCUUUGUAUAAAAUGCUAGUAAUCUUUUACACGAUUUUCACAUUCUAAUUAUAACAAGUAUGUAUCUGGCUGCACUGUAUUGGUUUUUACCUUCAUGGUACAUUCCUACUAACCUCUGUGAUGACAUUUUCUGAACAUUUUGUAAAUAGAACUUUCAAAGAUCAUUUGAAUUUGUUGUGGUUUUGAAACAAAUGCAAAUACUGUAAAAACUCUAUAUUCUUUUUAUUCCUUUAUGAAGUGACUGAUUAUCUCACAUAUGUGUUGUGUUGAAUGUUGUUUUCAACAUCUCAUGAAUGAACUCUGAAUGAAUGUCACGUACUGCACGUCAGUCUUAAACCUGAUAACAGUGACAAAUGACAAAUGUUGCCAUCGUAUUAUAUCAGCUGAAAUCGGAUACGGUCCAAAAAAAAUUCUAAAUGAUUUCACUAAUGGCAAGCUCAUCCCUGACCUCUCGGGUUACCCUCACAGACAGACAGGAUGUCUGCAUGUAGCCACACGUUCUCACAGGAAGCAAUGGAAAUAGUUGAAAAAUGAAAUCAUGAAGAGUGAGUCUGUAUAAAUGAUGUUCAUUUUUUUGUGUAUGCAUCAAAAUCAUAGAAUAUGGGUUUUUGGUUUUUGUUUAUA